CCUCCCUUCUUGACCUCACAUUCAGCAUACGUGUAUUUGCCGAGCGUUCUGUGUAUGCCGACGGUGUCGUUGACGUCUGCCGUCUGCCGAGCAAGUAUAUGGGUAUUUGCCGAGCCCGUCGGCAAAGCCUCUGUUUCCUGUACGCCAGGUUCACGUCAUGUCGCGCCGCCGCGCGAGAUCCCCAACGUUCGCGCGCGACGUCCGUCCUUCUAAUUUGUUAGACACAUGUAAGAUGGGUUCACGUCUCUUUGUCACACUAGACACGCCGAACAAAAAUUGAACACUGUGCAUGCUCUUAAACCCUCCUUGCCGGCGUUGUCCCAGCGUCCGCCUCUGCACUCCCUACUCUCUCAACCCACCAAGCCCACAACCAUGGCUGCCCUCCACUUCCUUCUCCCCCUCCUCGCUCUCCUAGUCCUACUCCCUCCCCACACUGUCGGAGGCUCCGACGCCGACCACCUCCUUGCGGCCAAGGCGGAGCUCACCGACCCCACUGGCGCCCUCUCCGGUUGGGACACCAACCAGUAUGUCUGUGCAUGGCCGCACGUCACCUGCGGAAGGAACUCCACCGCCGCUGUCGAUGGGCUCUUCAUAUAUUACCUCUCCAUUGCCGGCGUUUUUCCAGCCUCAGUCUGCUCGUUGAGGUCACUUCAGCGCCUCAACCUCGCUGGGAACGACCUUGUCGGCCCCCUGCCCACCUGCCUAGCCGGUCUCCCAGAGCUCUUCGACCUCGACCUCUCUGGGAACGACUUCUCCGGCGAGGUCCCGGCGGCCUACGGCGGCGGCUUUCGGUCGCUCGUCGUGCUCAAGCUGGUCCAGAACUCCCUCUCCGGUGAGUUCCCGGCGUUCUUGACCAACCUCACCACCCUCAAGGUACUCCAACUUGCCUACAACCCAUUCAGGCCGUCGCCAUUGCCGGAAAAUCUCGGCGACCUUUCCAGCCUACGUGAGCUCUAUCUCGCCAGUUGCAACUUGACUGGCAAAAUCCCUUCUUCCAUUGGAAACCUUGGGAAUCUGGGCAACCUGGACCUGUCAUAUAACCGCCUCUCCGGCGAGAUACCCACAAGCAUUGGGAACUUGAGUUCUCUGUUCCAGAUGGAGGUCUACAGUAACCAACUCUCCGGGAGGAUACCAGAGGGAUUGGGGAGUCUGAAGAAGCUCCGUAACAUUGAUAUCUCCAUGAACCUGCUCACCGGCGAGCUACCGGAGGACAUGUUCGCCGGGCCAAGCCUGGUGAGCGUGCACAUGUAUCAGAACCAACUCACCGGGCGCCUUCCUGCAUCGCUUGGGACGGCGCGGCGCCUCGCCGAUCUAAGGAUGUUCCUUAACCAGAUUGAAGGGCCGUUCCCGCCAGAGUUUGGGAAGAACUGCCCGCUGGAAUUCUUGGACAUGUCGAACAACAGGAUGUCGGGUCCGAUUCCAACGACGGUCUGCGAUUCCGGGAAUCUGACGCACCUUGUGCUGCUGGGCAACCAGUUCGAGGGCGCCAUUCCGGCGGAGCUGGGGCAAUGCCGGACGCUGCUGAGGAUCCGGCUUUUUAACAAUAGCCUCAGUGGACCUGUGCCGCCGGAAUUCUGGGGAUUACCGCAUGUCAGCAUGCUCGAGCUCCGUUCCAAUGCUCUCUCAGGCACGGUUGAUCCUGCCAUUGGUGGUGCCAAGGACCUGUCCAACCUGCAAAUACAGGACAACCGAUUCACUGGUGUUCUGCCUGCUGAGUUGGGCAAUCUGAGCAACCUGCAAGAGCUUCUGGCUUCAGAUAAUAACUUCUCUGGUCCGGUGCCUCAGUCGCUUGAUCAGCUUUCCCAGCUUAGCCUGCUUGAUCUGAGUAGCAAUUCCCUCUCUGGGGAGAUCCCACGGGGCAUUGGACGGUUGAAGAAGCUGACACUAUUGAACCUUUCGCAUAACCACCUCACUAGAAUUAUCCCUCCAGAGAUUGCUGAAAUCAGUAUGAUGUACGCUCUGGAUUUGUCGAACAACGAGCUUUCUGGUGGGGUGCCCGUGCAACUGCAGAACCUUCAUCUGACUGAUUUCAACCUCUCUUAUAAUAAGCUCAGUGGACCUCUGCCUCUUUUCUUCAGUGCCCCAAACUACCGACAGAGCUUCUUAGGCAACCCUGGUCUGUGCUAUGGGUCAUGCACAAGUGAUGGCGAUCCAGAUGCCAUCCGGCGCAGGCGUGCCCGAAUCAACAUGGUUGCCUCCAUCCUGGCCCCGUCUGCAGUCAUCCUGCUCAUCGGUCUAGCAUGGUUCACAUACAAGUAUAGAAGUUACAAGAAGCGCACUGCUGAAACCGACUGCGAGAAGUCAAGCUGGGUUCUCACAUCCUUCCACAAGGUGGAGUUCAGUUUGAUGGACAUAGUAAACAGCCUCGAUGAGAACAAUGUAAUUGGCAAAGGUGCAGCAGGAAAAGUGUACAGGUCUGUUGUUGGGCCUAGAAGUGAGGCUGUGGCUGUGAAGAAGCUCUGGGCGACUGGUACUGUGGCCAAGAAGGAUGACACUUUCGAGGCUGAGGUGACGACCGAUGCUGUGGCCAAGAAACAUGACACUUUCGAGGCUGAGGUGGCGACGUUGAGCAAAAUCAGGCACAAAAACAUCAUUAAGCUCUUCUGCUCCGUGACCAAUAGUGCCUGCCGGUUGCUUGUGUACGAGUUUAUGCCGAAUGGCAGCCUCGGGGACUUGCUCCACACUGCCAAUGCAGGCAUCUUGGAUUGGCCAACAAGGUUUAAGAUCGCAGUCCAUGCUGCUGAGGGCCUCUGCUACUUGCACCAUGACUGUGUGCCCUCGAUUAUCCACCGAGAUGUGAAGUCGAACAACAUUCUGCUUGAUGCUGAGUUUGGUGCUAAGGUUGCAGACUUUGGUGUUGCGAAGAUUGUUGAAGAUGGACGGGACACCAUGUCGGUCAUUGCUGGCUCUUGUGGUUACAUUGCUCCUGAGUAUGCCUACACCCUUCAUGUAACUGAGAAGAGCGACGUGUUCAGCUUUGGUGUGGUCAUUCUGGAGCUUGUCACUGGCAAGAGCCCUAUCACACCAGAGAUAGGCGAGAAGGACCUGGUGGCGUGGGUGUGCGACAAUAUUGAUCAAAACAAUGUUGAGUCUGUUCUUGAUCAUAAGAUUGUCGAGCAGUUCAAGAACGAGAUGCGCAAGGUUCUGAACAUCGGCCUGCUGUGUGUCAACAAGUCCCCGGAGGAUCGCCCACCAAUGAGGUCUGUGGUGAAGAUGCUGCUGGAGGUUGAGGGAGAGAACAAGCCGUAGGUGGAGAAGGAGGCGCCCCCUGCCUUCUGAUCUUGGGGAAAAAGAGAACCCUCUGAAGAACCAUAUGCAUAUGAAUAAAUGCUAAUCUGUGCUCUUCUUGUAUCAUAUACUUAAUACCGUCAGCAUAGUUAGCUCUAAACCUUUAGUACUGGUAUUCUAAAAACUCUGAAGCUAACCUGUCGCUCUGAAUUCCUUCCUAUAAAUGUUCCAAGAAGACCCGGCCAUCCAAGGCACCUGAGAGGGGCAAAUGAAUCUGCCUUGUCCAAUCCACGUGCGACAGUAACUUUGCAAUCCCGCUUUUCAUCUGAGCCGUCGGAUGCAGUAAUUUUUCUUUCACUUCUUGCUUAUCUGGAUGACUCCAUGACGGUUGGGCCCAUGUGCGUGCGGGGCCGGUGUUUCAGCGAGCGAUCCAGCUUAAUCACCACGUCCGUUUUGCACACGCCGUCCGCGUCGCGCCCAUGUCCCGCAGUGAAACCUAGAUCUCGAUUCGUGAAAAUAU